CUUCGUUACUGCUUCCCAGCCUCCCAGCUAAAUCAGUGCCACGCUCCGAGGACUGAUAGUUCUGAGCAGGAGCGCCGCUUUGGAGGAGAAAUGGACGCAUUUAGGGUUUCUGCUGAAAGGUGCGAGCCUGCAGGAGCUGGUGUGCCCUAACGCUGUACACAAUGAUCUGAGCAGCCCCCCCUGUGAGGGAUUACACAGCUCAGUCCCACCCCUCCAUCUGACAUCAAUCCAAAACUCUCCCGGGACAGAGGCGGGAGCACAGCAACAGAUUCUGUUCUCCUGCCCAGCAGAGAAGCCCCCAUGGCUGUGGGACGUCCCAGCAGCAGUUCAGCAUCAUCUGCCAACACUUCCAAAGUCUUCCUCACUUCAGAGCUGGAGAAGAUGCACACACUUCCUGGGCCUUGCUGAGACGAAGAGGCUGCUUCUGGAAGAAAGGCAUAUGGAAGGAAGAGCAAAGACCACGGCGGGGGUCUCCUUUUGGACCCCUGCUCCUUUACGCGCCUCACCCAGCAGCACCGAGGAUGCGUGGGAGGAAGAGGAUGAAGAGCAGGCUCAGAGAGAGGAUGACUUUGUGGGCCACAUGGACGUGAAUGGCAUCAUCGGGCUGCCAGAGGCUGUGUGGGGAACGCCGUCACCCGCUGACCCAGAACCAGCAGAGGAGGAUCUUCAGCCGUCACAUGAUGACUUGGUGAUUCGUACAGAGGUGUGGACCAACAGAGAAGGCGAACAGAGGAGGAGCAGGAAUAGAGAGGAGCAUCCUCUCAGUGGAGUCUCCCAAUCCCCCGCCACAGACUUGCUUUGGACCCGCCUCCUCCAUUUCUCUGCUGAGGAAUUUGCUGCAGUCCCAGGAAUCGCAGCAGAGCCGUGUCCUGAGUCCAGCAUCAGCGAUUCGAGCCUCAAGUCGGACUCAGAGGUGGCUGGGGCUUCACCACGGCCAGCAGCAUCCUCUUCUGAACACGCCGCAGCAGAUCCAAGCUGCAGCUUCAGCAGCAGCUCUAGAGAAACGGCAGCAAAGCAGGAGGAGGUCAGGGCACUGCAGACCUCGUCACCCUGCAAGCCGAGACCUCACGGUCCCAACACCAGACUCUCUAAGACCCUCCGAGCCUUCAGCCCGUUCGAGACCGACUCCGGAUCCAAACAGCGGAAGCCAACAGAGGCUGCUGCUGAAUCCAGUUCCAGAAAAGGAUCUCUGUAUUAUCCCACACCAGACCUCUCCAAGGUGGAGCCCAGAGUCUGUUUCCCCAAAAGUGUCUAUAAGCCCCCGAGGAGCAGAAAAGCCUUGAGGAGGACAUCAGCCUCGCCCGAGCCUCCGUUAAUGUUCAAAUCUCCAGCUGAAAUCGUUAAAGAAGUCUUACUGAACAGCCCGGCUGGUCCCUGCACCCCCCCAGAUGGUAACGGAUCCCCGGCUGUGAGCACCACCGUCCCCCCCGACUUCAGGUGCAGGCUGCAGGCGUCCGCUCUGCUGGAACAGCUCCAGGACGAACACGACAGACUGCUGACUAAGUACGCCGAGGCCGAGAACACCAUCGAUCGUCUGCGCCUGGAAGCCAAGGUGAAUCUGUAUGCUGACCCUCCAAAAGCAGGCCGCUUUCUACCUUCAGGACCAAACAAUGUUGCUUCAAAACUCCUAAACCUGGAUUUUUCUGGGGCUCAGCUCAUCUCUCCUUACUGCUGUCGCAGUCAUCAGGCAGAGGGUUCAGACGGCCGGCCUCUCAGCAGAAAAGCAGAACCUCAGCAGCUCGCCGGUUCCCUCUUUAGCCAGACUGAGAAGUUCCUCCAGCAGCUGCAAACCUUUGAGAAUCUCCUGAAGAGGGGAAAACUCAAACCUGCAGAAGAAGCAAAGGGCUUCUGCCAGCUAGCUGAAGGCCUGAACUCUCUGGAGAGUGGAUACCUUUUAGCGUUGGAUGAACACAAACGGCUGCAGCGGAGCGGAGCAGAAAUCUGCCCCUUAGACCCGGAGCGCGAGUUGGAAGGGCUGAUUUUUCAGUGUGAGCUUCACCUGGAGGAGCUGAGGGAGCAGGUGGAACACUCGCACGGCUCUGAGAGGGCGGAGACCCCGACUCCACAGAGUCCGUCUGAUGGCUUUGGGGUUCAUCGAGCUGAAGCAACCAAAGAGGUGGGGGGCGCAGCCAGCAAACUGAGAGAACACAAGGAAGUGGGUGGUGAAGAAACUCUCAGUUCUCCGUACCCGAGACCUUGGGUUGAUGAACAGCAGUUCAUGAUCCAGGACUUCCCAAAGCCAAGGGAUUGCCAUGGGGGCUGUCCUGAAGAAGACCCCCUCUCUGCUGCCUUCAAAACUGGCCUGCAGCGUGGAGGCGUGGAAGCAGAGCAGCGAGCCGGAGGAGCUGAAGGACGAAGACAGAAAGCCGACUCACGGGGACCAACUUCAGAUCAUCAGGAUCACGACGGCGGCGCAGGAAGACGCCACAGUCCCGGGUCCAGCCUUCCAGGAUGCAGCCAGGCCUCAAAGCUCCCGGUUCCUCUGGGCCGUCACGUCAGGAGGCCGGAGUCCCACAGCAGCAGCUCGAGCAGCAUGGUGGACGUGGAGCCGCCGGAAAACAGGAGCUCGAAGGCUAGCGGGGCCCCCAGGAGACCCGUCGCACAGGAUGGGGUCGUCUCUCCAGAGACCGACAGCGGGUUCGUGGGCUCAGAGAGCAGCCGCCUCGCUCCUGCUGAAGCUCCCUGCUCUGUCCACCAGAGGGCCACAGAGAGAGUUUCAGCAGAGGAGGAAAAUCCAGAACGGUGUCAGCCAGGUCCAGCUGCUGCAGCUCACGUUUCCUCCACUUCGUUCAGUCGGGUGGUUCAGAAGCCCAGAGGGGACCUGCGGGAAAAAAGGACCAGAUCGGGUCAGAGGAGGCGCACCUGUUCACAGCAGAACAGGGUCAGAGAGGGAGAACCCAGCAGAGCAGGCCGUGGAUCCAGUGGUCCGGUUCCCGGCAGUGACAGUGCCGAGUCUGAAUCGGAAUUGGAUCAGAGCAACACAGGAACCCUGAACUCCCUCCACACACCCCCCUCAGGCUCCUCCAGCACCACCCUGCGUCACCACGGCGACCCUCUGAGAGCCAAGAGCUCCAGCCAGGUUGCAGACGCUGCGAUCCAGACGCUGCAGGCGGAGGUGAGCAGACUGAGGGACAGAGUGGAGAGCUGCAUGAGGAGCCAGAGGCCGUCCCACUCUGACAGAGCAGCUCCUCAAACGCACAACUGCUGUCAUCUGAACGUCUCAGCGCCUCCCACCAGGUCUGCAACAAAGUCCAGCCACGUCAGACAAACAGCUGAUGAGGGUGAAGAUGACGAGGACCUCAGACCCAAAACGUGGGAGAGAUCAUCUUCUGGACUAAGAAGAAAGCCUCAUCACCACUUCUCAUUGAGCUCAGACGGGCAGCUCUCCUCGCCGCCUCAGACUCCCCCAUCCAGACGCACUCAAACGUCUGCAGCAUCAGGCCGCUGUCGCACAGCUGCCGUUCACAGCAAAACCACACAGACAUGGAAGAGCAUCCCCUGUGACCGAACCGAUGACGCAGACGGCACAGACCAGCAUCAUCUUUGUCUUCAUUGUUUGUCGAGUCUCAGAGGACGCCCUGAGACCUUCACAGGCAUCUCUGCUCCGGCUGGACCUCUUGGUGGAGACAGAGAGCAGAGGUGGCCCUCCUGUUUUCAUCUGUGUGGACCCCGAGACCGCCUCAGAUGCCCUCAGAGAGGCUACAACGUUUCCCUGUCAUCAGACCGUCACAGAGAAGAGCUUCGCUCAUCCCCGAAUCCCCGAGCAGGAGAGUCUCCUGAUGGAGCAGCGAGCAGUACAUCCAUCGGAGCUUCACCUGUCCAGCUGCACUGCUGCAGAUCUGUGGCCCCCCCGCAGCUCCUCUUGUACUCUUCGCCUGUUUUCCUGCUGCCCACCAAGAUCCCAGAUGAAUCCCGGGGGACCGAAGGCUCUGAUGGCAGGAGGGGGAGGAGCCGGCGGUGCUGGGAGGCGGACCGGCGCUUGGACAGUUCUCUGAGCAGAGCCAUCAGAGCGGCCCGGCUCAUGAAGCACACCUCCAGACACAUGGCUCACUCUCUGGCUGCAGGCCUGCAGCACCAGCAGCUGCUGGCUCAGUCCUGCAGCUACUAGUUAACCCCUUCACCGCCAGAGUGAAGAACCCAAAAACAACAACACAAGGACUAAAGUCAAUAAAAACUCUGUUCUUUAAGACUC